AUGCCCGGAAUCCUCCCCGGGCGCUGGCUCCCCCGACACGCCUCCUCUCUCUGGCCGGGAAGAGAAGCGGCUCCCGCUCGCGCUUCACCGCGGACCACAGCCCGUCUUAGCUGCUCGGUCGCCCAGCGGCUGCUGGAAGCGCGGGGCCGAGGCGCGGGCACGCGGAUCAGGAGCACGAGACCGGCGCCGCUGAGCCGGCAGCGUGGCUGCGGCGGGCGGACGCCCCGGGAGCCCGCGGCUGCGCGGCUGCUGCUGAGGCUCCGACAGCCGCACGUUGCCGGGCGGGGAAGGUCAGCUUUCCAGGAACCAGGAUCAGCUGCGGCGCGAGCCCCUCGGCGUCCCCGAGCCCCGUGCGAGCCCAGGCCGGCCGUGAGCGCAGCGCGGCCCCAGCUACUGAGCAUGCUCGGCUGCCCCGCGGCUCCGACAGGGGCCUUGCCAGCGGCGACUUCCCUUCCUGAUCUGAGAAAGGGAGAUGGGAGAAGUGGGCAGAGGGUGAGAUUUAGUGGAGAUGGCAGGCUCAGUGAAAGCAGGGAAUGUUGCUUAUUUGUCAACUGGAAACCCAAAUCCUUUCUCCAGGACCUGGUAAAAGGCAAGUGCUGGUAAAUGCUUGUGUGAGAAUGAAUUGUGAGUUUGUUAAUAUGUAAAGGGCACUUACAUGAGGAAGGCUGAAGUUCUUGAAUUUGAUAUGAGCCUGAAUUCUCACUUGACCUCAGCUUUGCAUUUUUGGGCCCCAUGACACUAAAUUUUUGUCAUAAGUGUCCAAUGGAUAAGCAAAUUGGCUUUUAAAUAGGAUUUUCAUUUUUGCCCCCUUGUCCUCUUUCAGUUCUCUACAAUGCUCUAUGCCAAGAUGAGCCAAAUCCACAGCCAGUUCUCUCCGCUGCUGUUGAAACCAGGGACAUUGACUCUGCAUGGUUUGCAGAUAACACAAUUUCAUUUUUAAAAACUUCUAGCCAGUCAAUUCUGCCAAGUCUGUGGAGGGUGAAUCCAAGAUUUCAUGGCUGAAAUGAAGCUUCAGCCUGAAAGCUGGGCCUGUGAGAGUCCAUAUUGGAAACACGGGUGAGCUGGGAGUGUUUCUUCAAUCCUUACCAGUGCUGCCUUGGCCCAUUGAUCAGAUCCUUAGGUCAAGAAAGUUCUUUCUCUCUCUUUCUAUCUCUCUUCCUCUCUCUCCUUCUCUUCCUCCAUCAUCUGACUACCUUUCCCGCUCCCUUUAAGACUCAGGUGCUGCCUGAGGGCUUCUGGAGUCCAGAGCCCUUCCUGGCCCCACUCCAGAGGUACUGUUAUCACAACACUUUCUAGAUUGUCUUCAGCUAAGUCAGGCCCCACCACCACCACCAGCUGUGAGUUUGUUAAGACUAGAGACAGCACUGGCUGUUUGCAUGUUUACAAUUGUGUACAUCUGCACAAUGUCUGGUUUUCACGUGUUUUCAGUUUAGAUUAAGGCACAGGCGAGAGUCCUUCAAAUUGUAGUGGCCAAUCAGAAAAUUGAUGGAGUUAAUCUAGAGACACUUCCUAGGGGAAGGGAUUCCAGAUGGAAAAAUAAAAAUUCCAAUACAACCAAAUCAAAUGUUUCAGGAUUGGAGAGGAAGAUGCAGACCUUUCUGUACAGACCUGAUAAGGGCAGAUAAUCAGGGUGGAGCUGUUUGAUAGUCCUUAAUCCCUGAUUCUCUAUCCUGAAUAGAAGUAGAAGUAGAAGAAUAAGCACCUCUGCCCUUUGGAUACACUCAUUUUAUCUCAUAGCACAGAUUCCUUAUACCGUCUCCCUCAUUCACCCCCUACAAUUUUUUGUUGUUGUUGUUCUUCAUUAAUUGCAGUAAAACUGGUUCUCAAAGCUUCCCCAGGCUACCCAAAUCAUCAAAGCCAAGAUUUUCUCAGUUUUGAUGAUAAAAUCAUAGCUAUCAUUUCGUUGACACCUUAUUCUCUGCCAGGCACAGCUAAAUUCUUUACAAACAUCACAUUUCAUUGCUACAGGAAGCAUCUUUUCUUAGCAUUUAUCACAAUUUUACAUUUUGAAUUUAUAGCAUAUAAUAAUAUGUUUGCUGAUGUCAAAAGAAAAUAGGCACAAACAGUAAUUGGUAAUGGAUAAGGAUAGAAUAUUAUCAUGUCUGAUGAUGAAUCCAAGGCUCUGAGAGCUCAAGAUAACAGAGUUAACAGGUGGAGCUGCGUUUGAAGUCCGUGCUGUGAAGUCUCAAAAGUUCACCUGUGCUGAAUCAGCAGAGAUUGCAGCUGCUUCUCAGUUGCCCUCACACCCUAUUAAGACAGCAGAGCCCAGCAGGGAGAAGAAAGACUCCACCUUGAGCAGAUCAGUCUUGUAAAGAAGCGAACAUUGUACCAAGUGAAGAGCAGAGAUGGAAAACCUGGGUCUUUGGUGAGCAUCAUUGAAUUGACCUGUACCCAACUGCCUACCUUACCUCACCUCUUAUAAUGCGUAUUGUAUCAGUUCAAUCUGU